AUGACGAUCGUGCGGCAAUUAAUUCGAAUAUUUCUUAUUGCUUUAAUAUAUAUAAUAAGUAAUGUUCAAACAAACGGUGUAGCAGAAUCUAGUGAUCCAACAAAUCAAGAAUUGGCGCUUUUGGAUUGGUCAUCAGGGAUUCAAAUAUUUUAUUGCACUGAUGCACCAUUCGAAAUUCUUGUUGAACCAUUUAAACAAGCAUUAAUACAAGCACUAAACAAAUUUUGUCGAAAUGCUACUGCAUGCCGUCUUGUUAAAUCAAUAUCAUUUAAACCGGAUUAUGUCGUUUUGCUUGAUGGUUAUCCGAAACUAAGUUACGGUACUGUGCAAUUUCGGUUUGUUAUUGUUUUACCGCCAAAUGCUGUACCAAUGGAUAACUUGAAGAAACCAUUCCUUACAAAGGAAAUCCUCUCAAACUUUCUCAAUGCAUCAAUCGAGGAAUUUGAAUGGAAAUUUGGGUGGAAAGUAAGCAGCUAUGAACGAUUCCCAAAAUUUGAUUCAGUAACAGAAUUCAUGAAUAUAGCUCUAAUUCCUAUUGGAUUCAUUCUCCUUAUACUAAUGCUCUUACUUGCUUAUUGGUCUUCUACAAUCAGUCGUUCAACUGGUGGAAGUGAGGAAUGGUUUGUUACGGGAACGAGCGGUGGUAAGAGCACAGCUAUGAAGAGAACGUUAGAAAUUAUUGAAGAGCAAAAAAUUUUAUUUGCUGAAAAGAAUGGACAGAAGGAGUCAUGCACUGCUAAACUUUCCAAGCGUUCAAUUCAGGCAGUUCCUGAAACUACGAAAAUGGAAAAACAUGAAUCAAACAAAGAUACUGAUGCAUCCAAGAAGGAAAUAAUGAAGGAACGCAAUAGCAGGCUUUCAGUGGAACUGGUACCAAUACAUCUCUCAGUAAUACAGUCUGAAAGUACAUCAACAUUGGGUUCAACUGCUGCUUUCAAAAAUGUCGGUGGGAGGCGAGUGUCCCAUCGGCGUCUGAGUUCUAUUGAUAACGGUAAUUUUAAUGUCAAGCGACAUCGCAAAAAGCGAUUUGCUUCAAGAACAAAGCGACUCACGCAACGCCAAUGGAAAUUGACAAGUAUGGCGUUGAGUGGAUUUGGUAAAUCCCGAAGGUACUGA